AUUAAUUAAAUCUAACAACAAAUUAAAUUAAUAUGGCAGCCAAGAAGAUUGAUCUGCUAGUUUUUGUUGCAAUUGUAUUAAUAAUAUUAAGUCCAUGCUACAUAUCCCGAGACGCUCAAGUCUGCGACUAUGUCGCUUAUUGCUUCGCGUAUUGUGAAGAUUAUGUAGAUGGAACCGUUGAGAAACUCACACGCGAAUGUUGUAACAUGUUAGUUGCGUUGAAUAAAUCGGUAAAAUAUCAUGCUGAUGGCCCCCGUAGGUAUUGCUAUUGUAUCGAAGAGUUCAGUAAUAGCCACUAUCAUCCUCAUUAUCGCCAGUCUCGUAUUGUAAAUAUGACUAGAAUAUGUGGUGUUCAUCUUAGCUUCCCCAUCUCUGAACGCAUGGACUGCUCUAAGGUAAAGUAAUAAGAGUUUGAGGAAGAAUAACUGUUCUCUCAAAUUUGAUGCUGUAAUAAGUUAAAAUAUAUUUCUUAUUCUCUCUUAUCAUGAGCCUUGUAUUGGGAAGUAUAACUUUAUUGGAGGUAUAUAUUAAUGAAUAAAUGUAACUUUGUGUUUAUAUUAAUGAAAAAUUCAAAUUUUAGAUACUGUA